GGGCGCGUCAGGCUCCGCCCAGCUCUCGCUGAGCUGCCGGCCGGCGUGCGGACUGCGCAGGUGCACUCCUCAAGCGCGGCCUCCUCACCCCACGCAGAUCUCGCAGCCUGAGAGUGGGACGGCGGCCGGAGGCUUGGCUAUAGGUGGUACCCGAGACCGCGAGAGAGAACUGGGGGGUCUCCAGAGACCUCGCGAGAGGGGCACGGGCUAGGCCCAUCGCGACGGCCGUUGUGAGCGCGGUGGCCACGGGCCGGGCCUGUGCUGCACGGAGUCCGCGGGUGAGACCUGCGCUUUUCCCGGAGCAGAGGCCACGCGCAGCAAAGGCGAGCCGCAGCCCCACGCAGUGAGUCCUAAGGCUAGCCCUCUGGACCCGGCCUCUCCGUAGGCCCCUCCUGGGCCUGGGAAGAUGGAGGGGGACCAGCGGUCCGGACCACCCGCCCAGGGCCUGCUCCCCGAUGGCCACUUGGUCCUAUGGACGCUGUGCUCCGUGCUGUUGCCGGUGUUCAUCACCUUAUGGUGUAGUCUGCAGCGUUCGCGCCGGCAGCUGCACCGCAGGGACAUCUUCCGCAAGAGCAAGCAUUGCUGGCGUGACACCGACCUGUUCAGCCACCCCACCUACUGCUGCGUGUGCGCGCAGCACAUCCUGCAAGGAGCCUUCUGCGACUGCUGCGGACUCCGCGUGGACGAGGGCUGCCUGAAGAAGGUCGACAAGCGCUUCCCAUGCAAGGAGAUCAUGCUCAAGAACGACAGCAGGGUCGCAGAUGCCAUGCCCCACCACUGGAUCCGUGGCAACGUCCCCCUGUGCACUUACUGUGUAAUCUGCAGGCAGCAGUGUGGCAGCCAGCCUAAACUCUGCGAUUACAGGUGCAUUUGGUGCCAGAAGACAGUCCAUGACGAGUGCAUGAGAAGCAGCUUAAGGAGUGAACAGUGUGACUUCGGAGAAUUCAGAAACCUCAUCAUCCCACCAAGCUAUUUAACUUCUAUUAACCAGAUGCGUAAAGACAAAAACACAAAUUAUGAAAUGCUUGCUUCUAAGUUUGGAAAGCAGUGGACCCCAUUAAUAAUCCUGACCAACUCUCGUAGUGGAACUAACAUGGGAGAAGGACUGUUGGGAGAGUUUAAGAUCCUGUUAAAUCCAGUCCAGGUGUUUGAUGUAACAAAGACUCCCCCGAUCAAAGCUCUGCAGCUGUGCACUCUUCUUCCCCAUUACUCAGUUCGAGUCCUUGUUUGUGGAGGCGACGGAACUGUGGGCUGGGUCCUCGAUGCAAUUGAUGAAAUGAAGAUUAAGGGACAAGAAAAAUACAUUCCAGAGGUUGCAGUCUUACCUCUGGGAACAGGCAACGAUCUAUCCAAUACCCUGGGAUGGGGUACAGGCUAUGCUGGAGAAAUCCCGGUUGCACAGGUCUUAAGAAAUGUAAUGGAAGCAGAUGGAGUCAAACUAGACAGAUGGAAAGUGCAGGUAACAAAUAAAGGAUACUACAAUUUAAGAAAACCCAAGGAGUUCACAAUGAACAACUACUUCUCUGUUGGACCUGACGCCCUUAUGGCUCUCCACUUUCACGCUCAUCGUGAGAAGGCGCCGUCUCUGUUUUCCAGCCGAAUCCUUAACAAGGCUGUUUAUUUAUUCUAUGGAACUAAAGAUUGUUUAGUACAAGAGUGUAAAGAUUUGAAUAAAAAAAUUGAGCUAGAACUGGAUGGCGAGCGAGUUGAACUGCCUAAUUUGGAGGGUAUUAUUGUUCUGAACAUUGGAUACUGGGGCGGUGGCUGCAGACUCUGGGAAGGAAUGGGAGAUGAGACUUAUCCUCUGGCCAGACAUGAUGAUGGCUUACUGGAAAUUGUUGGAGUGUAUGGUUCUUUCCACUGUGCUCAAAUCCAGGUGAAACUGGCAAAUCCUUUCCGAAUAGGACAAGCACAUACAGUGCGGCUGACUUUGAAGUGCUCCAUGAUGCCAAUGCAGGUGGAUGGGGAGCCGUGGGCUCAAGGGCCCUGUACUGUCACCAUAACACACAAGACACAUGCACUGAUGCUCUACUUCUCUGGAGAGCAGUCGGAUGAUGACAUCUCAAGCCCUUCGGAUCAUGAGGACUUAAAGGAAGCCGAGUAGAAGGAUGAGAUGAAGCAGCAUCUGUGACAUGUCGUCCAUAGGACACACUGCUGGCCUCCAGCCGUCAUUUCAUUCCUAGUAUUAUGUGUGUGAACCACAUAAACAGCUUUUCCUCAGCUAGACUUUAGUAUCACAGACACAGACUCUUCUGUCAGCAACAUACUCUGAUCAUUUAUCACUAAUUGCAAAAAAAAAAAACCACGGAAAGGUCCACGAAGACGAAAUGCCCCUCCUGGCUGGACGCUUUAGACUGGCCUCACGCUGCAUCAUGCACUGCCUUGGUGGACAGGAUGUGGAUGGAAAGAUCAUUCCCUUAGUUCUUGAUGUGGUGACAACACGUUAAAUGUUAGCUUGCUUUUUGAACUGCCAUGAUUAACAUGGGCUUCCUCCUGCAGUGUGCAUCAUAAGACACCCCACACCUCAAACCAAAUGGACCCUACCUACAUUCUGAUUUCUAGGAGCACCUGAGGAGAAAAGUGAAAGAAAGAUGGCACUUAUAAUUUUUACAGUAGUAUAUUUCCUGUCAGGCUUCCAGGAAUAUUUCCUGUCAGGCUUCCAGGAAUGUCAUGACCAUGUUGAACUGAAGUUCAAAAUCUUUUUUUUUUUUUUAAUUGUUUUUGUUUCGGCAGUUCUGGGGAUUGAACCUUGGUCCUCCGGAAGUCUAGAUGAAUGCUCUGUCGUUGAACUACACUCCAGCACUAGUGUGUGUGUGUACACAUGGACACACACACAUAGACAUGUAUAUAUGAAUACACAGCUAGAAGUGGAUAGGUCUAAAGUAAGAUUUAGAAAACUUUGGAUUGGAGCUCUACAGUUUGCCAGCCUCUCUUUAGACUAAAAGAUACCGUUGACUGGAAAAAUAUACACCUAAGGGAAGCUACCAAGUCAGAUUAGUUACUCAAAAAAAUCCAGGCUGACUGCCUUCAAGUUGAGCGGUUUUAUGUUGUGAAACUGUUGACAGCGUUACCCUCAGAGAGGGAAGCUCUGCUAAGAUGCAUAUAUCAUAUUUAUUUCAAAGUGAGAGAUAUAUUUUUAACUUAUUGUUUACCUCGUGGCAUGAUGCUCCUGUUUAGCAUUGUACAGCUUUAUUUAGCAUAGUGGUCACAUAAAUCUUCUGGUCACAGUCACAUAGAGCUCUCUCUUAGUCCCCGUGGCAUAUAUACUUACCUGUGCUCAUUCUGCAGACCUCAAAAGGGGGAGGGGAGCGCAUGAUGAAGAACUUGGGGUUGCAGAGCUUUGCUUCUUUCGUUGCCCCUCCACCCUCCAUUGCUAAGGACUUAUUGAGGGCAGCUCCAUAGCUCUCCAUUAGAGGGCGCUCUUCUGCCGCUGUCCGUGGCCUGCCUCUGCAGUUAGCCACACCAAUGAACAGCUACUUGGUGUGUUUCUGACAAACGGCAUGUUUGCACUUGGUGGUCUUUCGUGAGUUAAUUUCUGAAAGACUGGAAUCCCAAAACCACCACGACUCUCCCUUUUAAUGGUUUAUUAUGAGUCUACAGCCACUGAAUUGCCAGAAACUUCACUUUCAGUCACCUCAAGCCUAGACCAUGUUUUUGAGAGAACAACUUAGUAAAUAAAAUAUUAGUAAAUACAUUAUCUAAAGUCAUUUUACUCUGCUAAAUUAACCUAUUCCACUGUUCUUGGGAGAUACCAAAUUCUACCAUUGAAAGAUGUUCCACAGGUUUGUAACAACUUACACCUUCACACUGGAUAGCUACAGCUGAGGUUUGAGAUAGCUGUGAGAGUCUGCAGCUUUUUCCUCGUGAAUGAUCCUGUUUGGAGUGUAAUGAAAGUCAUCCUUAGAUUCAUGGGCAGAAUUCUUAGAGUCACCCUCUGAGGCAUACUGUUAAAUUUAUUGUGGAUGUACUUUAUAUACCUGUAAUUCAUAAUGCUCUAUUUGUGGUAAAGCAACUUAUUAAUUCUGGGCUGUCAGUCAAAAUAGGGUAACUACUGAGAUACUCCAGAUAGAGCAGACUUGUGUCCCCUUGCCACAACAUACCAUGGUGUCUUUCUGAUGCCUUACUCAGAUUCUGUUGUAUACCUGCCACAAUACUAUAUCACAAACAUACCAGUAUUUCAUCUGCUACAGCUCACACUUUGAGGCAGGAGUUUUCCCAGCAUUCCAGAUAAAUGUAUAGGCAUGUGCCUUGUUUGAAUACGAUUUGUAAUACUUGGUGUUUGCAAGUUACAUAUUAGAUGCUGGAAGUUUAUGACCAGGCCUCCUCUCCUGUGUACUUCACAGAAUGACUCACUGAGAUCCCUCUGUUCCAUCUAAAGUUGUCUCCAUAGCAACACAGCUUACAUAUUCUCAGGAAAAACCAUGAACCAUCUCUUUUUCUGUUUCCACAUCUCUCGUCUUUUCUGCUCUAAUACAUUCCUCACAUCUCAUGAACUUAGUGGCUUAAACUCAGAUCCUUAGGCAGAUACUUUUCAGUGUUUUGUAUAUAUAAUAGUCAGAGGCAUUUCUGUCUCAGCAUAGACCGUGUCCAGUAGUAAGGUAACAAUUUAAAUGUUUUAGCCUUUCUGCAACUUAGCUGUGAACCUGUAAUGUAGCUGAUGUUUAUAAAAAAUUUUAUAGUGAAAACUAUUUUAUUUUUUUAGAGUCUGGAAAUCUGUAGCGAUUGCCUUUUGAGUAUUUGUGUGCCUGGUUGUAACGUAGGCUGACUCAGAAAAGUUCUUUCUGUGCUGUGUAAAUUUAGUACUUCUGCCAGCAUGUCAGAAAGUCAUUUUCAUCUGUAACAUAAAGUAAAAUAUUUCUAAUGUACACUGUGGGAUUUUUAAUUUGCACUAGCUAGAAAACUUGAAAGGUUAUGUUAAUUUGCACAUUAAUGUGGACCUAAAUACAUAAUCUGACCAGAAAGGUCAGAAUAGGUGAUGAUGUCAUGAUACUUUUGUUCAAAAUGAAAGUAUUGAAGUAAGAAACCAGCACUUUAUAUUCAGAAAUGGGGGGGGGGUUUAACUUGGUUUCUGUGACUUUUUUUUAAAUUUCUGAAUCUUUUAGGACAUAGGAUGUUAAGUAGAUUUUAUAUAUAAUUUUUUUCUUGUUUUUUUUUUAAGUCUAGAAAUUUUAAAGGAAAAAAUUUUAACAUGGUUGGCAACAGCCUACCGGCUCAGCUUUACAAAGCAUGUCCUGCGUUUCAGACCAGCACCGCAGCUCAGCUGUUCUCAGAGAGCCAGGAGGGCCACGAGUGUGGUUGAGGGGUGAAUUCCUGCCCUUUUUUGGAUCAAGAUGCCAGUGUAUGCUGUUAUAAUCCCAACACCUAGAGGCUGAGUUCAAGGCCAGCCUGGCUAUAGAUGAGGACCUUAUCUCAAAACAGUUGCUUACAUUCUAACCCAGUUGGUGACUUAGCUAUUAGAUAUUGAUAGUUCCUGGAGUGACAGUCUUGAGACUGCUGGGUGGACUCUCGGAAGACGGGGAGUAGAGCUGCUGGAGCAGAGAUGCAUGCUUUCCACCUUAGUGUGACAUAUUAGACUGUACUGAACUUAAACUGCACUGAACUAUACUGAGUUAUGUAUACGACCAGUAGGUAAACUAUUUCCACUAUUUAGAAAAACAACCCUCAGUGGGGCAUGGUAGCAAUGUCGGUAAUCUCAGAGAACCAGGAAGAUCUCUGAGUUCAAGGCUGGCCAACCAAGGCUCAAACAGGGCUUUUAUGUGUAUAGUUGUCUUGUCUGCAUGUGUCUACACCAUGAUGUUGUGAGUACUGGGAGUUGAACUAGGGACCUCUGGAAGAACAGCCAGUGCUCUUCACCACUGAGCCAUCUUUCUGGCCCAGAGACUGUAUUUAUACAAAAGGGAUUUGGAAAGUACUAUCUUUGAUGACUUUGUCACACGGUUGCUUUUCUAAUGAUUAUUUUUAACGCAUUCAAUUCUGAAAAUACUCUGUUGGGGAUUUAGUUGCCACUUGGAAUACACUCCCUUGGCUAUCUCAGAGCUUUCCAUAGGAUUUUGGUUGCAUAGUACAACACCAAACUUAGCUUCUAUUCCUUGUGCUGUGAUUGUAGUGUGGAAAUUGUGUAUUCCGUCACUUUAUAUAAAUACACACAUAAGUGUUUACUCUGAUGCCCCUGGCUGUGUAAUGAGUAUGAGGCUUCUUGGCCUCAAAGGGUACAUCCUAAGAUCCUUGAAAGUAUAUUAAAGAAUCAAGUUUGAGUGCAGACAUGGGCAAGAUUUGCCCUCUAGAUACAGCUGUAGAAGAAUAUCCAGAAAGUGUAUAAUCAUUAUACUGAUACUAGGCCAAAAAAUUUUUUUCUUCCGUCUCUGUAAGGAUAACCUGGGCUAUUCACUAAAGGAGCCAGCACAGACUACACUGAACAGGAAAGGAACACUGAUCUCUUUGGUAAUUGACAUAGAAUGUUGAAACAGGGAGAGUUGGGAAGUUAGAUUGUUUCCUAGUUCUUUCUGACACUGUGCAAGCAUGAUAGUAUCGUGACUGGAUGGGCAGAACUGACAGGCGAAGAAAAAAACGCAGAAUUAUUCAGGGCGGUGUGUGCUCUUAGGUGGCAAUCAACUCCUACACCUUUUGUAAUUGCUGGGUUCAGGACUCAGCUAAUAGUCCUUACAAUUUGAUCCAUCUGAAUGACCCCUGUGACAAGAUAGGCCCUGUGAUUCUGCUCUGUGCAAGUUUAGAGCAGCCUGUCUGGGUCCUCGGUCCUCUCACAAGAGAACCUCUACGCAUACCUCUUAACCCACAGCACUGAAGACACUAGAUGACCCCCACUGGAGCGGCCAGCCGGCUUCUUAGACAAUUACCCUGCUCUGACCACAGUAAUAGCAUCUCCCACUGUUAAUCAUUCUUUGUCAAUUGCAUUAUUGAGUUGUGUCUGCAUCCUGUGACCAGUGCCUGCAAACAGAAAUGUAAAUGAAAGCAUUUGAUAUGUUGAAGAUACAUUUGCCUGUUUUAAAAUAAAAUUUAAAGUACAGCACUUAAAAA